AUGGGGGGGCCAGCAGCAGCAACCAACAGCAGAAAGCGAAAGGCAGAGGAGCCAGCAGCAGCAGCAGCAGCAGCAGCAGAGAACAUCGAAAUUGUCUGUCAGUUCUUCAAUCAAAAUGAGCAGCCUGUUGGCUGCCAGUUCUCCGUCCCUUCCGCCAUAACCAAGUCGCAGCUGGAGCAGCUGCUGCUGCAGGUGUUAAAGGGAGCAGCAGCAGAUGAAGAGGAAGCAGCAGCACUGGAAGGCCGGCGUUUUUCUCUCUCCCUCUCCAGCAGCAGCAGCAGCAGCAGCAGCAGCAGCAGCAGCAGCGCGGAGAUAACGGAAACCCUCGGCUCUGCUUUUGCUGCUCUUGGCGCUAAAGGAGCAGAGACAAUCUUCAGAAUUAACUUUAUCCCUCUUGCUGCAUUUAGGGUUUCGCCAGUCACCCGCUGCUCCUCAGCGCUCCCGGGCCAUGAAGAGGCGAUCUUGGCGGCGGCUUUUAGCCCUGAAGGGCGCCGACUCGCAACUGGGGGAGGGGACACUACAGUUCGACUGUGGGACUUGGAUACGGAGACGCCGUUGCAAACCCUCCGCUCUCACAGCAAUUGGGUUUUGUGCAUUGCCUGGGCGCCUCACGGCCAGCUGCUCGCCUCUGCAGGCAUGGAUGGAACAGUGUGCAUAUGGGAUCAAGAGGCGGGGGCCCUUGCGGGGGCCCCCCUGCGAGGCCACAAACAACCCGUAACGAGUCUUGUCUGGCAGCCUCUGCAUUUGGUGUCUGGUGAAGAUGCUGCAGCAGCAGCAGCAGAAGCAGAGGCAGCAGCAGCAGCAGCAGCAGCAGCAGCAAAAGCAGCAGCUGAAGAGGGAACGGCCAAUGGCAGCGAGAAGUGCCAGAACGGCAGCAGCAGGAACACUGCAAACAGCGGCAGCAACAGCAGCAGCAGCAGCAGCAAGAGCAGCAGCAGCAAAGGGAAGGGCAAGAAGACAGCAGCAGCAAAACGUCAGCCUGUCGGCGUUUCUGCUGCUUGGAGGAGUCGGCUGGGGUUUCCUCUCCCCAGUCUCUUGCUCGCCAGCGGCAGCAAGGACGGCUCUGUGCGGCUGUGGCGGCCUGGGCAGCAGCAGGCGCUGCGGGUGUUGAGUUUGCAUACGCAAGCAGUAACGAACCUCAAGUGGUCAGGGGGCCCUCAAGGCUAUCUCUUCAGCGCCUCCAGAGACACCACAGUAAAAGUCUGGAACCCUCAAACAGGGGCCCUCGUAAAGGAACUCAAAGGUGCUGCUGCUGCUGCUGCUGCUGUUGCUGCUGCUGUUGCUGCUGCUGCUGCUGCUGCUGCUGCUGCUGUAGUGCAGCAGAAGCAAGUGGAUGGCUUCCACUGUUUCGAUGUCUCAUUACCCCUGCUCGCUGUUGUUUACUCAGAAAUGAAGGAGGCUGCAAAGAAGCAAUUUGAUGCAUUCAUCAAGGAGGUCUGCUUUUCCCCCGACGGUUUGACUAUCGCCUCGGGUUCGUUUGAUAAAUCCAUCAGGCUUUGGAAUGGCUCCACUGGGCAGUACUUAGCGACGCUCAGAGGGCAUGUGGGCCCCGUUUAUCAGCUGGCCUGGUCAGCAGACAGUCGAUUUUUGCUUUCGGGUAGCGGCGACAGCACACUAAAGGUGUGGGAGGUAACCAGCCGCAAAUUAAAAUUUGAUUUGCCCGGACACGCGGACGAAGUCUACGCGGUUGACUGGUCUCCUACAGGGACGCAUGCAGCUUCGGGGUCAAAGGAUAGGGUUUUAAGGGUUUGGAGGCACUGA